AAGCAAAUCCAUUUCCGGUUUGUAAAAUUGGGAAGCUUUGCUCAAGAAAACUAGAUUUGUCAACAAAGAUUACCAGUUUCUAAAAUGCCAGAACGUGGUGAAACAGAGGUGUUUUCAAACCCUCUCCCUCCACAAGACUUUGAGGAUGAUGAUGAAGAUGAUGAUGGGCAACAUCUUACAAAUGAGGAUUUCCGUAAGAUGUUGAUGACCCCUCGGGCCCCAUCCUCUAGUUCAGCAUCGUCAUCAUCUGCCGCCCAGCAUGCAGCAAAGCAAGCAGUACAUCACAAAAAAGCAGCUGUUCCAAGGCCAGAAGAAGAUGAAGACGAUCCAGCCACCAGAAGAAAGAAAAAGAAAAUUUACUAUGCUAAGCUAAAAAGGCUGGAAGAAGAGAGACAGAAAGAGUUAGAGUCCAAAUACAGAGACAGGGCCAGGGAGAGAAGAGAUGGCGUAAACAAAGACUACGCUGAAACUGAGAUCAUAAGCACCACAGCUGAUUAUCGAGCUGUGGCUCCUGAUGCCAAGGCGGGAGAUAAUUAUGCUGAGAAACGUAAACAGCUUAUUCAGGAGUCCAAGUAUCUCGGUGGUGACAUGGAGCAUACUCACUUGGUGAAAGGCUUGGAUUUUGCUUUGUUAGAGAAGGUGAGAGCAGAAAUAAAUUAUAAAGAACAGGAAGAUGAAAUAUUGAUGGAAGAAGCUGUAACUCAGAAAAAGGAAGAUAAAGAGGUGGACCCAGAUGAUCAAAUGAUUUUUAAGACUAAGAUGGGUAGAAACAUCUUCAGAACAUUGUUUAAGAGUAAGGUCCCUGAGAGGAAUGAGCUGUUCUUACCGGGACGUAUGGCCUACGUGGUGGACCUGGAAGAUGAUUAUGCCGAGAAUGAUGUCCCCUGUACCACCAUUCGCAGUAAAGCGGACUGUCCUAGUCUCGAUGCCACCACAACCCUGACCACCAAUGACAUUGUCAUCAACAAGCUGACCCAGAUUCUGUCGUACCUACGUCAAGGACGGAGAGAGAGCAAGAAACUGAAGAAGAAGGAGAAGGGGAAAAACAAGGAUGAGGAUAAACUGAAAGAAAAAUUACCUGGAGCUGAUGACAGUAUCUACGCUGAUGCUGGAGAGUACUUGCCAUCAUACACCAAGUCUAAAGACAAGAAAGACAAAAAGGAGCGUGAUCGAGAUAGGGAUCGAGAUAGAGACGAUCAUCGAGAUAGAGGACGAGACCGAGAUAGAGACAGGGACUAUAGAGAUAGAGACCGAGAUAGGAGAGAUAGGGGCAGAGACAGAGAUCGCCAUGGAGACAGGGAUCGUCACGGAGACAGAGAAAGCCACAGAGAGAGAAGAGAAGAGAGGAAAAGGAAGUCAUACUUUGAGAAACCAGUGGAGGAGGAGGAUGAUAGGAUGAAGGGACCUGGAUCAGCAGGGGAUUUGGUCAAAACAAUUAAUGAUCGCUUCAAGGGAUUUGCUGAUGUUGAGAAAGAGAGAGAAAAAGAGAAGGUAGAUAAACAAAAGAGAUGGAUGGAGAAGCUCCAACAGAAAACCCUCAUUGACAGUUACGCUGAGUGUUACCCUGGUAUGGAGGAAGCUGAUGAUGCCCUGGGCGAUUCUGAUGAUGAGGCAGAUUUCAGUAAGAUGGACCAGGGCAAUAAGAAGGGCCCUGUGGGGAGAUGGGACUUUGACACCCAGGAGGAGUACAGUGAUUAUAUGGCCAACAAGGAAGCUUUACCAAAGGCAGCCUUUCAGUACGGUGUCAAAAUGGCUGAUGGACGGAAAACUCGGCGGGCAGGUCCUAAAGACGAGAAAGCCGAGUUAGACAGACAGUGGCAGAAAAUCCAAAACAUUCUGAAGACCAAGUCAGGAGAACCCAAGGAGAAGAAAAUGAAACAUUGAAUUUGGAUUGCCUAAAGACUACAAUGAUUUGCUAACUUAGAAACAGAAGAAUUUCUCUGUAUUUGAUUUUUUUCGUGAAUUAUUCAGCUAUUUAAUUAUGAAGGAAUAUUAAUAACUCUCCAAUUUAUACUAGUAUGUGAUUUAAUAAGUGUUGAAAUUUGGUUAAAGUGGAAAUUGUGUUCUAUUAUAAACAUGUCGAUUGGAUUCUCAUCACUCUUAUGCAGAAAGUAGUUAUUUUUUCCCCUUAGCCCCGGACAUUUUCUUGAAGUAAUAUUUGUAAGUGAUCUUGAUGAUGUAUAUAGUAUGUAUAAAACAAUUACAGCUCUUUGAUAUUGAUUUUGGAAUCAAGGUGAUAUUUAAAUUUCAAAUAAAAUGUAUUAUUU